UGUUUUUGAUCUAUUUGAUGGGAAAACCACAAAGGGAAAGAGCAGUCUCCGACUGUGAGCCGAACGCGUCGCUCCCAUAGUGACGAAAACUAGCAGUUACAGCCUAGCGAGCUAGCACACGGCAGCCGAACAAUGUCGCGUUUCGUCAGCUGUCUUUCCGAAGAAGACCAGGAGUUCGACGAAAUCAAAAACGCAGCUGCUGCGUUUUACCGAACCAACAGAGUACCCGAGGAGCUCGAGAGAGCUCUGGGGGAGCUUUUCUUCCAGAACCCCGAGGACGUCCACGGUUACCUGGCAAACUACUUCACCGAGCUCUCAUCACAACCCCUAAUCAGCAGACUUAAUGGAAAGGAGGUCUAUGAUUCAAGAGGGCAACUAUGUGCUGAGGCUGAAGUCUUUUGCAUGAUCUGCAAUAGGGAAAAGAGGAUGUCCUCUGCUGCCAUUUCCAGCCACCUUGGGCAAAAAGAUCCUUUUCUUGACUGGCAGGCGAAGAGUGAGGAGAGAGCGUACCAUGUCAAGACUGCGGUACAUUGGAUAGUUGAACCUCUGAACAAAAUGCUGAAGGAACAGAACCCUUGUGACCAGUCAGACGUUGACCAGAAACUCAGCAACUUCUUCAUGGCCCGCCAUCAGGAGGAGAAGGAACUCAAGGAAAAGGAAGAGAGUCUCUCUACGAGUGAACAGGAAGUGGAAGUUCCAUCUUCGCCACCUGAAAAGAAGAAAGAAAAGAAGACUGAUAAAAAAAAAAAAGGCAGUUCAGAGAAGCCAUUUUGUCCGGCCGAGCCACCUGAACCACUGCUGCCUGGAUGCUUGGCCAUUGGCUCAGUGUCUCUGGCUGUGGCCAAGAGUGGGGCCCAGAUAAAGGGCAUGCCACUCUACAAGUACAUCCGAGCCCUAAAGAACCCAGAGGAUCAAGCUAGAUUUCACAUUCCUGUGUCCUUGGUAACUUUACUAAGCUGUGGGAAGACUUCUCCUGGAAAACUGAACUUGCUGGAAGAGGUCAUACUGAUCCCUAACGCAGGACAACAAGUCAAACAAGUACUCAACUCUCCAACCACUCCUCUAAUUAUCACAAUGUCAACACAGCUACAGAAGGAAAUGAUGAGAAUAAUGAGCACUUCAUCAAAAGCUGGGGUCACACAGGCAAUUCUGAGUGACAGUGGUGUGUUGCCUGUGAACUUUGAUCGUCCUGAACAAGCUCUGGAUCUGAUCACUGAAGCCUGCAAUAACCUUGCACUAGAACUGGGAACGGAGAUCCAUCUGGCAAUGAACUGUGCGGGGCCUGACCUCAUGGACUAUACCAAAGAAAAGUACGAGAUUGCAGCAGGAGUUCAUAAGUCUCCGGACGAGCUAGUGGCCAUGUAUCAAACCCUUAUCAGCAAAUAUACUGCAGUUGUGGCUUUAAUUGACCCUCUCAGGAGGGAGGACAGAGAACAGUGGGAGAAGCUGAGCAGCGUGAUUGGACAGUCGUGCGUGCUGCUCUCUGACAAAACCAACAAGCCACAGGCUCCACCCCUUCCUGGAGUCACAGGUCACAUCCUAAAACACAUUAACGAGAUAACUGUCAGCGACUUGAUCAGCGUCACAUCCGAGCUACAAGGUUCAGUUCUAUUGGGGACAACAAGCAAUGAGUCCUGUGAUGACGAUUCGCUGUCAGACAUAGCUGUGGGUCUGGGCCUGGACUAUGUCAAACUGGGAGGUCUGGCCAGUGCCGAGAGGAUGACUAAAUACAACAGGCUGGUUUCUAUAGAGGAAGAGCUGGCCCAACAGGGGAUCUUGGUCUCCAAGGAGCAACACUCUCCACCACUUUUCACUGAAACAGAAGCGCAGGUCGUCUGAAAGGGACCAUCUACUGUUUGUUGGCCACUACAUCACACAUUUAUUUGAUGUCCUUCAUUCAUUCUCUACCGCGCUCAUGAGCCACAGCAUAGCUGACAAGUGCUCCGUGUUUAGCAGGAAAAUCCAUUGAUUAAUCACAUUCAGUCCUGUUGUAUCUUUUCUUACGAUUGCACAUUGUAAAUACAACAAUGUACAUAGCAUUUGUACAACCCCAAUUCCGAUGAAGUUGGGACGCUGUGUUAAACAGAAAUAAAAACAGAAUACAAUGAUUUGCAAAUCAUGUUCAACCUAUACCUAAAGAGGUGAACCUCGCCCUAUCUUUGCUUGGGAAUGACUGAGCAAUUCAGGGAAGCUCCUUUUCUACCCAAUCGUGGCACCCACCUGUUCCCAAUGAGCCUGCUCACCUGUGGGAUGUUCCAAACAGGUGUUUGAUGAGCAUUCCUCAACUUUCUCCGUCUUUUUUGCCACCUGUCCCAGCUUUUUUGAGAACGUGUUGCAGCCAUACAAUUCCAAGUUAACGAUUAUUUGCUAAAAACAAUCGAGUUUAUCACUUUGAACAUUAAAUAUCUUGUCUUUGUAGUGUAUUCAAUUAGAUAUCGUUUGAACAUGCUUUGCAAAUCAUUGUAUUCUGUUUUUGUUUAUGUUUAACACAAUGUCCCAACUUCAUUGGAAUUGGAGUUGUCUAUUUUAACACGAUAUUAGCCCAAUUUAUCACCCCUCUGCCUUCCUCGGUGUAAUAUAGAAGCUAUUCAUGUUGUUGUCAUCAAUGAAUUAGUUCUUAUUUUAGUGUAAGAAAUGCGCCUGUCAAUACCUUAACGACAUCACGCAAAGCUCUUGAGACUUCUGACCAUUGAGUACCAUACAAGUUGCUUGUAAUUUAACCAGCACAACUUUUAGGGCCUUUACGUUACACUUAUUUUAGCCCGCACCUUUCUCACAGCUUGUAGGGUCAAAUCAUGUGCACAUGAUUUACACACAGACCAAGUGUAAGUCCUCCUAUGUGACACAACUCAGCCAAUCGUUUGUUCAGAGCAGCUUUGCAAUUGAGCAAAUUGGCGUGUGUAAGGCAGGCUAAGGGAGAGAAGUUUAAGGACGAAUAGGAAUUGCAGUGGAAAUAAAUGAAAAGAACACAAUAGUGAGGGAGGGGGGGGGGAGACAAAGCCAUUAAAUUGUUAAUAUUAGUCAGAUAGUAAUUUAGAUUAUUUUUACAGAUUAUGUUUAUAAAGAAAGAAUGAAACAACAGAAAAUGUUUCAUCAAUAUUUACCUGUAUCAAUUUAAAGGCACUUUGGGAUGGCUUUUCAAAGACGCUUUAUUUUUCAUUGAAAACUUUAAUGUGAGAUUUUGAAAACUAUUUGUGAGAUUGGAGACAUGUUAGAGUAAUCUUUUUCCGGUUCUUUGUCAAACUCAACAAUGCAUAAUGAACCCGUACAUAUUUUGAUUUGCAAAUUUUGGGAGUGGGACCUAUUGUCAGCAUCUCUCUUCCUCACAUGCACACGGAUUCAACAUUAAGGAUUACAAACAGGUAUGCCACAGCUGGUAUUUUCGAUGAAUUAAACACGAGCGCACGCACGAGUCGUAGGCAGCGAGUGUAAGAUCCCAGGAAAUAUCCCUCCCAUCCACAGCAAUUAUGGCCUGUCACAUUUUGUCACAUUCGCCUACACACCCCCCGGGUUGUUUCACGACCAUCCUGUUUUGUCCAGCGAGGCCUGAAACGGGGCUGCCACAACCUCCGGGAACAUCGUGUAAACGUAGCGUAACAUGAGAAUAAGCUCACCAUUUAAACCUGUUUGUAUUAACAUCAAUUAAGAAAGCCAUACUACG